GAACUGAAUUGUGAGUGGCUUACGACACUCAGUGAACAGAAGGUGCUUCUGCAUGCGCUGUCAGUGUACUAGUCUGCUGCAAGGGAUUGCUUGCUCCUUCGCUUCCCACAUUUAACGCCCCUGCCUGCCGGACCAGCUCCAGCCUCCAGCAGCCUCUUCCACUGGGCUGACAAAACAUUCGGAGAUGAAUGGAGUAAGCAAAACCUGCUAACCACAGGGGAUGUAAGUCGGCUAUAAACCGAUACCAGCCACUGGAAUGACAAGGAAUUCUGUUACACAAGAAAACUGAGAAGGAUUCUCCAAUGUUUUUUUUUUUCUCAUGCUUUUGUCACAGGAGACAUGAUUAACAUCUUAAAUGGAUUUAAACCUUCAAAGUAAGGGAUUUCUGAGACGGACAACCAUACAUUUUGAGAGAUCUGCUUAAACUUAAUCAGAGAGGAGGAGAAAAGACUGAUGCUCAGAAAUUAUUCCUCAUCGUUUUUUCUUGUUGCUUUGGUUGUCUCUUCUUCCCUCUGAUCCUUGCAGCAGAAGACUGCAGAGGAGCAAAGAGACAGAGCUCAUGCAUGCAGACAGGGGAACUUGCACUUCCUACCAUCUCGCUGAAAGCUACUUGGAUUCUUCCUCUUUCUGGCUCUUUCACUUGAAGAGAACUAAGACAUUGUAAGCCUGCCAAGGAUCUGGUUUCCACUGAAAAGAGAAAAGGCGGGGGGGGGGGGAGAAUGUGUGCCACAGUGGGGUCUUUUUCAGAUUCGUACAUAAUUAGUGUUGGGGCACAAAGCAAGAUGCUGAAUGGAGAUUGUCAGCUUUUUGAUAGGGGUGAGUAGGAAUAUUUUUGAAUAAGAGCUACUGCAAAGGACAGCUUCAUCUUUCAUCCCCUCUCCUCUCCACCCACUGCCGAAUAUCUCUCAUAGGCAAAGAGAGUUGCUCCUAAUUAUUUCCUUUUGGGAAAAAAUACCUCUCAUUGGACUGAAUGAGAUUGAUAUAUCCAUCUCUGCAAAUAAAAUACAAAGACUGCAUCAAAUCAUUUGUUUGAUUACAUAAUAUGUAAAAAAAAAAAAAAGAUAUCUGAAAGGAGCAAAACAAUAUCCAGAGUGGUUCAAUGGACAUUUUCUCCCCGACAUUCCUGGAUAUUUAUGCUAAUGGAUUUCCUCCUAAUUGGACUGUACUUAAAGUGGCCACUGAAGAAACCCCCUGGGUUGAUACUGUAUUCAUUGGGUAUUUUUUUGAGAACUGUUCCUUUAGCAGAGGCAGUUUGUCCAAAGCUGUGCCGCUGCGACAGCAAGCUGCUGUAUUGCGAGGGGCUCAACCUGACAGACAUCCCCCGCAAUUUGAGCAGUGCUAUGGGCCUGUCCAUGAGAGAGAACAACUUGACCGAGCUGCGUGAAGGCCAGCUAGCUGGUCUGUCACAGUUAACCUGGCUCUAUUUAGAUCAUAACAACAUUGACAUAGUAGAGGAGGAUGCAUUUGAGAAGCUGAGACGGGUCAAGGAGUUGGACCUGAGCAGUAAUCGGAUUGAAAGUCUGCCAAAUGGUACCUUCAGGCCCCUCCCAAACCUUCGCAUUUUGGAUCUCUCAUACAACAGGCUACAGGCCCUCGAGCCUGACCUGUUCCAUGGCCUUAGAAAGCUUACCAAUUUGCAUUUACGUUACAACAAUCUUAAAUUUGUGCCAGUGCGUAUUUUUCAAGAUUGCAGGAGCAUGCAGUUUCUGGAUUUGGGAUACAACCAACUGCAGGUUUUGGCUAGGAAUUCCUUUGCUGGCCUAUUCAAAUUGACUGAGUUGCAUCUUGAGCACAAUGAGCUGGUCAAAGUCAACCUAGCCCACUUCCCUCGUCUUAUCUCUUUACGCACCCUCUACAUGCACAACAAUCAUGCCACAAUUGUUGUCAACACACUGGAGUGGACCUGGCAAUAUUUAGAGAAGAUUGACCUUUCAGCCAAUGAAAUUGAGUACAUUGAGCCCCAUGUUUUUGAGAGUACUCCCAACCUCAAAGUCCUGAUGCUUGACUCGAAUCGUCUGACUUAUUUGGACCAGCGCAUCCUGGAUUCAUGGUCGUCUCUGGACAGCAUUACCCUGGCAGGCAAUGACUGGGAAUGCAGCCGCAAUGUCUGUGCCUUGGCCUCUUGGCUGAGUGCUUUCAGAGGCCAGCGUGACAGCUCCCUGCUGUGUUCAAGCCCUGACACGGCACAGGGUGAGGAUGUUUUGGAUGCAGUCUAUGCUUUUCAGCUAUGUGAGGAUUCACCAGCAGAAGCAACCACAGCGGGCCUGUAUGCCUCAACAAGAGAUCUGGCCAAGGGUGGUUCUGUGUUUCUAGGCCUUUUUACCCCAAAUCCCUAUGAGGGUGAGGGUAGUGAGGUGAUCACAAGUUCUUAUACUGUUACAGUGGGCCAAGAUGACCUGGACAGCACCAUGCAGAUCCACAAGGUAGUGACUGGUACUAUGGCACUCAUCUUUUCUUUUCUUAUCUUAGUUCUCAUGUUAUAUGUGGCAUGGAAGUGCUUUCCAGCUGGAAUAAGGCAACUGAGACAGUGCUUCAGCAGCCAGCGCCGUAAGCAGAAGCAAAAGCAAAGCAUGCAGCAGAUGGCUGCAAUUUCUACACCAGAGUACUAUGUUGACUAUAAACCUAACCACAUUGAGGGAGCUUUGGUAAUCAUUAACGAGUAUGGCUCUUGCACCUGCCAACAACAACCUUCACGAGAGUGUGAGGUGUGACUUUGCUUUUUUCACUACAUCUUUACCUGUGAUUAUAUGGAUUUACACUAAAUCCCUUUUAGGAUACCUAAGAGAGGGAGAUGCUGUAAAACAAAAGGGAAUAAUUUCAUCUCGGACACUUUUUACACAGCUUUUCACUGUGAUGCGAAGGGAGUAGGAUGUACCUACCGGACUAUGGUGGAUUUACCGAUACAGCUGUUUUGAAAUCAAAAGGCAUAUUAGGCACCUGUCAAUGGGACUUGUUGAUGCCCUAAAACCCCCCAGAGAGGAACAUGUUUUGUGCACUGGGGGCUUUUCUCUCAUGAAAGAAUGUUUGAGCUUUAAUGUCUCUUUCUAUUUCAGAACAUUAAAAAAAAAAGUUUAAAGACAAACUGGGACGAACAAAAAGACAUAAAAUAAGAAAAAGAAAAACAGUAAACCAUUUGUAUUAUGGUACAUACACUAUUUGAGGAGCAUUUAAAAUAUGAAAAAAAUGUUUAAUAAAAAAAAAAUGUAAAAAUAAAAGUUUGUGUAAAAUAUGAAAAAAGAAGCGCAAGUGUGGACUAAAGUGAAAAAAUGAUAAUCUAUUUCUUUUGUAAAGUACAAAAAAUGUUUAAAUAAAUGAAACACUAUUCACAGUAAACUCAUUUGUAUGUGAGAAGCCUGUCACAGAGGAGGAGGAACAAUAGACGCAGUCUUUUUGCUCAUGGACCAGAGAGCCAUGAUUCUGCACUGUAUCAAACCGAAAAGAAAUGAUGAAAUACUGGGAAAAAAAAGUAAAAAAUGAAUAAGGCAAACAAAAAUCUGCAUCUCAUCACCAACUCAAACUGCUUCAGCCACAUUUACUGGUUUGCCAUUCAUUUUGUUGACUUGUUAUCAGCAUAGUUUUUUCUCAUCCCCUCAUUUUGAACAUAUUUACAAUAAUCAAUUUCAUUUUUGUAAGCAUGCUGUAAUUACAUUACGUCACUAAAUGUAUUGCAUUGAAGUAAAAAAAAGGCAGAACAACUCUCAUUAAUUUUUGGCUGUCAUAGAAUAGAGUUUCCACAUUUUUCUCUUAUAAACACAUAAAUCCAUCAAUCAUUGACAUCAUGCACAUGUAGUUAAAAUGUAUUUCAACUAGUGUCCAAACUCCUGAUGAAAUUUCCACCAGCUUCAAGCAAUAUUUGCACAUGCGGUGUUUACCACUGUGUUUUCAUGUGUUAUAAAAUGUUUGUUGAAUACAAGGCCAUGUAGAGGUGUGUAUGUGUGUGUAAAUCCUUCCUCUGGUCUUCACUGUGUAAAUUAGCGCACUAAGAGAUGUGGCAUUUCCUGGCUCCUGUAAAAUGAACAGUGUGCUGCGUGAAAUGGGGUUGGGGUUUUGAUGGGUAGGUGGGUGUGGUGGGAGGUGGGGGGUUGAUCACAAUAACUGUAGAAAGAGGUAACACACUGCUCUCUAGUGUGCAUAUUCUCCUACUGUGACUGCAUCUUACAUUCUGUUCACCGUGUUCUGCAGAUUCCUACGGCAGGGGCAGCGUAGGUAUACCAAAAUUGCAAAUGCUUUUCUGUGAAAACGAUAAUUUUGCAUCAUUCUGUGAUAUUUUGAGAUAAAUAAAAAAAAUAGAUGUUUAUGAAUUCUAA